AUAUCCACAUUACUGAUUGUGAGAAAAAUUUAUCAGACUACUAGCCGGUCUGAUACCAGACUUGACCUAAGCACUAUAGGUUAGGUCGCGUCUUUCGAUAAAAACCCUUGCUACCGUUCGCUCUCAUCAUGGAGAACUUUGAUGAUAUGUUUGACUCAGUCAAAGCAGAGACAUUGCGCUUGCUCGUGCGCGAUCUCGGACAAAAAAACGUAGGUAAAAGGGAUGAUAUGUUAGAGUUUCUGAAGAACAGACUGUUUGGUGACGUACCGAGAACGACGCGGUCCACUGCGGCUGCGGGCACGCAUACCAAUCAGAAAGUUUCUACAGCUCGAAAAACCUUGUCCGCACCGGGACCGACACGCUCGGGUCGAAAACGAAAGGCUGAGGAACAACAAGAAAAGGAGCUAGGCAACGAUGACUCUGUUGGAGAUGAAGAUAGUGCCGCGAAACGCACUCGAAUGACACGGGCUUCCAACUCGAAGGUCGAGAAUGUCAUUGGCCACGAUGAAGAUGACCACAUGGAUAGCAUCAGUGCUGGCCCACGCCGUGGUAAACGUCGUGCUACUUCUCCAAAAUCAUCUUCUGGACUCGGUUCGCAGAGGACAAGCGCGCGCACUCGGACUUUAACAGCAAAAGCCGCAGCUGUCGCCGCUGGGACAAAAAGAGGUCGAGGUAGACCGUCGAAAAAUAUUGCUGCUCCUUCCACACAGGACGACUUGAGUGAUGCUGAUGCAGAAGGAGAUGAGGACGAAUAUGUCGAACAUGCAGAGGAUGAAGAAGAGCCCAUUGUCGAACGGCGAGGUCGAGGUCGGCCACGCAAAGGAACCCAAAUACACAUUCUAGACGAGGACGAGGACGAAUAUGUCGAAGAAGUAGAAGAGGAAUCUUCAGCUGAACGUCGAACCCGUGGUCGCUCACGCAAAGCACAAAAAAACCAAAUGCAAUUCGCAGAUCGAGGUGAGAACGAAGGAGUGGAGGAACCUGCGAAACGCGGUCGAGGUCGGCCCCGUAAAGAUCAGGGCGCUUCCGCUUCAGCUCCAGUUCUCCGAACCGUAGCCACAAGCAGGAAAUCCCGUUCGCCUGCUCCCAUAUCUCCUCACGCUUCCCAUGGCCCGAUGUCUACUCGAUCCCGUACUGGACACUCCCCUGCGAAGAAGAUGAACUAUCUCACUGCUCCCCUAGUAAAGCGCACUUACGGUAGUGGCAGGAAAGGUGCAUUUCGAUCUAGGGGUCGUCCGCUUAAAUAUACCGCCGCUGCAAGGGGACGAAAACCUCGUUCGAGUGUUUCAAAACCAAGCACGAAAACGAAAUACAUUCCUGCGCGAUCCAGGCCCAAGGAGAACUCGGAUCGUUCUAGUGCUAGUGGAAGUAGCGGUGGAAAGAAGUAUACGUUUGAUGGAGUAGAAUUGGUUAGUCGGAAUCGAGGAUGGCAAGGGCAGGAUGCUGCAGGGGCUACUUCGGAAGCUGGUCCUUCGACCAAUGUUAGGACUACCUUGAGGGGUGUCAAGAAUGCGGAUGCGGAUGUAGAUGCUGAUGGAGAUACCGACAUGGAUUUGCUAGGCGGGGCAGUCAAAAGCCAUGAAGGAGAAGCUCAGCACCGAAGCACGCCGCUACAAAUGCAUACCCCCGGCGAUGUGAACCGGCCAACGGCAAAUUUCAAAAACGAUUUAGGACGCGAAGAGACUACAUCCGAGGCUCCUCGUGCAUCUGUAUCUGAACUCCCCACCGAACCCCAGCAACCAGAGAGUAAAGAAGAAGUGCAUCGUGCUGCUUCUCUUGCACCUUCUCGUCAUUCUUCCUCUGCUCUCUCUUCAGUCCACAGUACAAUUGUUGUUGUACCACCCACUGCAUCUUCAAAUGCGGCAGGCGAUUCAUCCUCUUCGUAUUUUAUACCUCCGCCCAGUAGUAUCCAUGUACAGCCUCAAGCGGACGUCGACGCAGCGGCUGGACAAAAGGUAGAUCAAAACGAGCAGGAGCACCCACAGGGGCUACUGGUACAGGAAGAAGAAAAUGAUGCUUUGAAGACAGAAGGUCCGGCUACUCAGUUGUUGGGUGUCGCUAUCGGUGACAUUCUUGAACAAGAUAAGGAGGAGACAGGACCCAUCAUUUCGUCGUCUUCUAAGUCUCCGACUGAAGCGAGCGCUGUGGUGUCUACCACAAAAGAAAUCAGUAUUUACUCAGCAGCAGCUAUAGCCACUUCUUCCACUGCCACUGCAUCUCACUCGAUGCCUUCUAUCGUUACUCAGGAUGUUGUUGAUGAGGGUUCAAACGCAAAUCUCCAAAGUGCAGACCAGGGCUCGGAAAAUUCUGUAGAUAUUGAUGUAGGAAAUAACAAGCUAGGAGACCUUGAAAGUGUCGAUGAAGAUGACACAAGUAUAAUGGAUCCUCCUAUUGGCCAUGCGAUUGAAGUCGUUGUCCACACGGAGAAAUUCACCAUAACCGACACGAACACGAGCGCAGCGAAUCCUGCUAUGAUAUCAGUGGACCAACCGCAAGAACCAAGACAGGAGCUAGAAACCUCCAUACCCAACGAAUUCACAGAGGUUAAUGCCUCCGGUGAGCCCUCCUCGAGCGCUUCCCGACUACCUCCUUCAGCUCCACUUCCUAGUUCAGCUCAAAUACAAGCAUCCAUCGCCUCCUUACAUUCCCUCCAUUCUCGGCCCGCCGAGGAUGAUACAGCGGACAAUGCUCUAUUUGAGAGCACAUAUAUCGAUGAUUAUGACUUGGAGACGGAUGAGGGUGAGGUUCUUAAUGACAAUGUUCGCGAAGGAAAUAGUACUGAAAUGGAGCAGGUGCUCAACAACCAACAUUUGACUUGAAGUGAUUUCAAACUCUGAUUUCGUAUCUUGCACGCCUAGCACCAAUUGUACUCAUUUAUUUUCGUACUUUCCGUUCACUAGUAUUCUACGCCGUUUAUCCCAAAUGUACUUAUAUGCCCCAAGUAUUUCAAGGUAGCUACCGGAUAUGUCCUUGCGUUAGAAUGUAAAAACAGA